AUGAGUUUCAUUGGUAAAAAGGCCUUAGUUACCGGGGCAUCUAAGGGGUUAGGUUACGCAUUAUCACAAAGGUUAGCACAGUUAGGUUGUUCAGUUACUUUAGUUGCCAGGAAUGAUAAAUUGCUAAAGACGAAUAUCGAUUCACUUCCUGUAAUUGCAUCCCAUCAGCGUCACAGUUAUAUAAGAUGCGAUCUCCAAGAGUUAUUGAAUAAUGAAGAUUCUGAUUCCAAUUCGAGAAUACAUGAUGAAUUAAUAACUUGUUUGUCUGAUGUUUCGAUUUUAGUGAAUUGUGCUGGAAUAACUACCCAUAAAUUAUUACCUAGAAUAAGCAGCGAUGAAAUAGUGUCUACAGUCGGCUUGAACUUGAUAGCCCCCAUAAUAUUAAGCAAGCUCUCAUAUAGACCAAUGAUGAAAGUUGCAAGUAAAUUAAAAACGAGUCUGGAUUCUGGAUCGUUCAAAAAGCCUAUUGUGUUGAAUAUAUCAUCUAUACUUUCAAUGACUGAGAGUACAUUGCCAGGGACGGCGGUUUAUGCAGCGCUGAAAGCAGGAAUUUUGGGAUUUACUAAGUCUUUAGCUGCUGAGCUUAAAGGUAAGAUAAGGGUCAAUGCAUUACUUCCAGGAUUAAUCGUUGGAACCCAAAUGGGUUCCGAUGCUAUGAUAGAUGAUAGCGACUUAAAAUUGAAAACAGUUUCGUUAGACGAAGUAGUAAAUAAAGCAAUAGAGAUAAUAUCUAAUGAUUCUAUAAAUGGCCAAAAUGUUAUAAUUGAUGGCGAGAAAGGUAAAUAA